UAUAAAUUAUUUUGUGAAAAAUUGAGCAUGGGAAAGAGUACAAGUGUUUUUGUACUGGUGCUAGCUUCCUGAACUCUCUGUACAUCCUUUCCCCUCCUAGAAGGUGCUGGAAUUUCAGCAAUCCAAUUGAGGAUUCCCCCUAUUUUGCCAAACCAUUAUAAAGGCAACUCGCAUACAAUCUUCCUUUCGAUCUUCCUUUGUUGAAUUCCCACGCAAAGCAUACUCAAUUCCCUUAAAUUAUUCUUCAAUCUGAUCGAUUCUCUGUACAAAUCCCUACUCGCUUAUGGCUACUGCUACGACGUCGUUUCCGGGAGCCUAUCUUCGUGUUCCACCAAAGAAUGGGGUUAGAAAUGCGUUGUUUUCUCAGUCUAUAGUCUCUAUUGCACUCAAUUCAAGAAAACCCAAGUCGCUAAAAUCAUUGAAAUCGAGUACAAAUUCAUUUCAUUUUGGUUUACGUAAGAGUUGUAGGAAGGGUUCUAAUUACGGCUCUUUUGUUGUUCGAUGUGAUGCAGCUGGUGGCAGGAUUACUCAGCAAGAAUUCACAGAAAUGGCUUGGCAAGCAAUUGUUUCUUCUCCAGAAGUGGCAAAAGAGAAUAAACAUCAGAUAGUGGAGACUGAGCAUUUGAUGAAAGCCCUUUUGGAGCAAAAGAAUGGACUUGCUCGUCGCAUUUUUUCUAAAGCUGGAAUUGAUAAUACCAGCCUACUUGAAGCAACCGACAAGUUUAUACAACGGCAACCGAAGGUUCUGGGUGAAUCUGCUGGUUCAAUGUUGGGACGAGAUUUUGAAGGAUUGAUUCAAAAAGCCAGGGAAUACAAGAAAGAAUACGGAGAUUCAUUUGUGUCCGUGGAGCAUUUGGUUCUUGCUUUUGCACAAGAUAAGAGAUUUGGGAAACAGCUGUUCAGUGAUUUUCGGCUUUCUGAGAAAACUCUAAGAUCUUCAAUACAAGCUGUAAGGGGACGCCAAUCAGUCAUUGAUCAAGAUCCAGAAGGUAAAUAUGAAGCUCUGGAGAAGUAUGGAAAAGAUUUGACUGCUAUGGCAAGAGAAGGAAAACUAGACCCUGUAAUAGGAAGAGAUGACGAGAUACGUAGAUGCAUCCAGAUUUUGUCACGGAGAACCAAAAAUAAUCCUGUUCUAAUUGGUGAACCUGGUGUAGGCAAAACUGCAAUCGCUGAGGGGCUUGCUCAAAGAAUCGUUGAGGGGGAUGUUCCACAAGCUUUGAUGAACCGAAAGUUAAUUUCGCUUGACAUGGGAGCACUCAUCGCUGGAGCUAAAUAUCGGGGUGAAUUUGAGGACCGACUGAAGGCUGUUCUGAAGGAAGUGACAGAGGCUGAGGGUCAGACCAUCCUUUUUAUUGAUGAGAUUCACACAGUAGUUGGAGCAGGUGCCACAAAUGGUGCUAUGGAUGCUGGUAAUCUUUUGAAGCCUAUGCUCGGCCGUGGAGAGUUGCGAUGUAUUGGCGCUACUACACUUGAUGAAUAUCGUAAAUACAUUGAGAAGGAUCCAGCAUUGGAGCGACGUUUUCAACAGGUGUAUGUUGACCAGCCAAGCGUUGAAAAUACAAUCUCAAUACUUCGUGGUCUACGUGAGAGAUAUGAGUUGCAUCACGGAGUUAGGAUAUCUGAUAGUGCCCUUGUGGAAGCUGCUGUCCUUUCAGAUCGCUACAUUAGUGGACGGUUCUUACCAGACAAAGCUAUUGACUUGGUUGAUGAAGCCGCUGCUAAACUAAAGAUGGAGAUAACAUCAAAACCUACUGCGCUUGAUGAGAUUAACCGUUCUGUAUUGAAGCUUGAGAUGGAAAGACUCUCACUUACCAAUGACACUGAUAAAGCGUCAAAAGAGAGGCUCAAUCGGCUUGAUACAGAGUUGUCCAUAUUAAAGGAAAAGCAAGCUGAGUUGACUGAGCAAUGGGAGCAUGAGAAAAGUGUAAUGACACGCAUACAGUCCAUCAAAGAAGAGAUUGACAGGGUAAACAUUGAGAUCCAGCAGGCAGAGCGAGAAUAUGAUCUAAAUCGUGCUGCUGAACUAAAGUAUGGCAGUCUCAAUUCUCUACAACGCCAAUUAGAAAGCGCGGAAAAAGAGCUGGAUGAGUACAUGAAAUCAGGGAAAUCUAUGUUACGAGAAGAAGUAACUGGUAGUGAUAUCGCUGAAAUCGUUAGCAAGUGGACAGGAAUUCCUGUUUCAAAGCUACAGCAGUCAGAGAGGGAGAAACUAUUGCAUUUGGAAGAAGAGCUACACAAACGUGUCGUGGGCCAAGAUCCAGCAGUAAGGGCUGUAGCUGAGGCUAUUCAACGUUCUAGGGCUGGGCUCUCUGAUCCACAUCGCCCGAUUGCCAGUUUCAUGUUCAUGGGCCCCACCGGUGUGGGAAAGACUGAGCUAGCUAAGGCCUUAGCCUCUUACCUGUUCAACACCGAGGAGGCCCUUGUUAGAAUUGAUAUGAGUGAAUACAUGGAGAAGUUUGCCGUCUCGAGACUUAUAGGUGCUCCACCUGGUUACGUGGGAUAUGAGGAGGGAGGCCAAUUAACAGAAAUAGUUAGGAGGAGGCCAUAUGCAGUGAUCCUAUUCGAUGAGAUAGAAAAGGCGCAUGCUGACGUUUUCAACGUGUUCCUUCAAAUUUUGGACGAUGGUAGGGUGACCGACUCACAAGGACGAACUGUGAGCUUCACCAAUACGGUAAUCAUUAUGACUUCAAAUGUUGGAUCGCAAUACAUUUUAAAUGCUGAAGACGAGACUUCGUCGAAGGAGAUUACGUAUGAGAUUAUAAAGCAAAGAGUGAUGGAUGCGGCCCGAUCAAUCUUCCGUCCCGAGUUUAUGAACAGAGUAGAUGAAUAUAUCGUCUUUCAGCCUCUUGAUCGUGAACAAAUUAGCAGCAUUGUGCAAUUACAGCUGCAAAGAGUUCAAUCGAGAAUUGCAGAUCGUAAGAUGAAGAUUGAAGUGACUGAUCCCGCAGUUCAACUUCUCGGCAAGCUUGGAUAUGAUCCCAACUAUGGCGCCAAGCCUGUUAAGCGUGUAAUACAGCAGCAUGUGGAGAAUGAGAUUGCAAAAGGCAUCUUGAGAGGAGAUUUUAAAGAAGAAGAUACCAUUGUUGUCGAUACAGAGGUCACAGCUUUUUCAAAUGGCCAGCUUCCGCAGGAAAAACUCGUAUUCCGGAAACUUGAGCCCGAGUCUGGUUCCUCUGCUGAAGAAGAGAAACAAGCUGUUUCUCCUUUUUAGAUCUAAAAUAUUUUACAGUUUAUAGUCUUUAUACCAUGUUGUUAUGUAGUUUGAACUUAAAGUGCAUAUAAAAAUUAGUGCCAAGGUUGUGGGACUGGUACAACAUGGUUUUAUAGGAGUCUAGAGUAGUUCUCUUACACUAGUAUAAAAGACUUGUACACAAAUAAGUUGAUUAAAUUCACAAAGUCACUCUAUAAUUUUUCACUAUUAUACCCUCCAUUUAAUACCAAUUAAAUGAUUUGUUACAG